GACAACAAACGACAGUGUACUUAGUGUACGUCGUAUUGCUGUUAAAGUUUGUUUCGACUGUUGCAGCAUAUUAAGUAUUAUUUAUGCCGUAAAUGAACGAAUCACAGUUAUGUGAAACUAUAAAAUAUUUUCAAUGCAUGAGAUAGGAAAUAAAUUAAUGUGAAAGUGUCGACUGUCCACAAAAUAACGCACAAACAUGGAAAUACUAGAUCCUAGUGUUUCAAGAGACGAUCAGCCUUUGUGCACCAAUGAUUCUUUGGAAACAGUUUUGCAAUCAGAUACACCAACUGAUACAAAAUCAUGUAUGAAAGCGAGACAUACAUUGGGUUUAUUAGGAUUUUUAGGGUUUGCUCUUGUAUAUGCUAUGAGAGUGAAUUUAUCUGUAGCUAUUGUUUCAAUGGUUAAUCAAACAGCAGUGCCACAUAGUGAUGAUAAUAGCACCAUAGACGUUUGUCUUAAUGACAAUCCUAUUAAUGGAACAUUUACACCAAGUGCAGGAGAAUUUAAUUGGGAUGAAAAAACACAAGGUGUUAUAUUGGGUGCUUUUUUCCUUGGUUAUGUAACUACAAAUGUCCCAGGUGGUAGAAUGGCAGAAAAAUUUGGUGGAAAGUUAAUAUAUGGAUUAGGAGUAUUUUUGACUGCAGUUCUUACUGUAAUUAGCCCCUUUGCAGCAUAUGCAGGAUUGAUACCAUUUUUAGCUGUACGAGUGGCAGAAGGAUUUACAGAGGGUGUUACAUUUCCUGCUAUGUAUAGUAUGGUAGCACACUGGAUACCUCCUUUGGAAAGAAACAAAUUUGCUGCUGUAGUAUAUGCAGGUACAAACUUUGGAACUAUUAUAUCCUUACCAAUGAGUGGAUGGCUGUGUUCAUUAGAACUUUGGGGUGGGUGGCCCCUUGCAUUUUAUUUAUUUGGAGGUCUUGGCAUUAUAUGGUAUGCAUUUUGGUUGAUUUUUGUAUUUGAUACACCUGCGCAACAUACAAAAAUUGAUCCUCUUGAAAGAGCAUACAUUGAGAGUACUGUGGAAAAGGAAGAUGAGGACAAUGACCCAGGAUUUCCUUGGUUAUCAGUAUUUACAUCAUUGCCAAUGUGGGCUAUAACUAUUACACAAUGUGGACAGUCAUGGGCAUUUUAUACUCUUUUGACAGAAUUACCAACAUAUAUGGGCAAAAUUUUGCAUUUUGAUGUACAACAAGAUUCAUUUCUUUCAGCACUGCCUUAUUUAACUUCUUGGUUAGUCGGACUUGGUAUUUCAAGUUUCGCAGAUGCCCUCCUUGCCAGUCAGCUUUUAUCUCCUUUAGCAUCAUUUAAGUUAUGGAACACAGUGGCUACGUUAGGACCCAGUCUCAGUUUUAUUGGCGCUAUUUGGGCUGAGUGUGAUAGUGUUAUGGUUAUGAUAAUGCUCGCUGGCUUAGGAUCUCUACAGGGUGCAAUGUACGCAGGAAAUCAAAUGAAUCACAUUGCUUUAGCACCACGAUAUGCGGGAACUCUUUAUGGACUUACAAAUGCUGCAGCAAAUGCUUGUGGAUUUUUAGCACCAUAUAUUAUUGGAAGAAUAGUCCAAGGACAUGUUAGUAUAAUAAAAUAA